GUCCAACGGUGAAUGAAUGCUCCAACUCGCUGCUCCCGUCUGCUCCCCUCCCCUUCCGCGCAAACACAAAGAGAAAUUAGCAGGCAACAAAUUGCCCCUUUUAAUCCUGUCCUGUCCCUCCGCCUCUUAUCCUCUUCUUCCCCACGCCCGUCGCAUUCCGUCCCCGGCCAUGGCCCAUCCUUGCUCCACCAAUCGCUAGCGAACCUGCAAGCUUCCAAGCCACCGGGACCCAAACCAGAUCUUGGCGACACCAACAGCGCAAGUAGAGAGAGUAGAGGUGGUUGUUCAGCCCCCUCCCUCCCUGUUAGCGUUUGUGUUGCCCCCCCAUAUUAUAGGUGAGCCACCCCACCACCACCGCCGUCCACUGGAGGAGCGGAUUCGAUUGGAGCUUCAAAAAGCUCCCUGCUUUCUUGGGGGUUUUGGUUGCCCAACAAGGGGAGGGGUUUUGGUGCCCUUGGGAGGAGGAGGAAUCUUGGCAACAGGGGAGGGAGGCGCCGCUUCGCCCAUGGAGGCGGUCGCAAUGUCGCCGUCAUCGGUCUCCUCCCACAUCUAUGACGCCGCCUCCAUCACCGACGACAUGUCCUUGCAGGAAGGCCUCCUCUUCUCAGACACCCUCAAGGACCUGAGGAAUCUGCGGUCACAGCUAUACUCAGCGGCAGAAUAUUUUGAAGUAUUUUACCGAAACAACUCGCACAAAUCUACGGUGAUGACGAGUUUGAAAGAUUACACAGUUGAGGCCCUUGUUAGCACAGUGGACCAUCUGGGUUUUGUCUCAUACAAGGUGGAUAAUCUUGUCAGCGAAAAGGCUGAUGAGGUUAACGAAACAGAAUUUCUAGUAUCUUCAGUUGAACAGAGGGUACGAAUUUGCCAACAGACAAUUGACCAGGAAGGAAGAUCUCAACAAGCUCUUCUCAUCAAGGCGCCAAAGUACCACAGGCGUUACAUAUUACCAGGCGUGGAUCUACUGGAAUCUUCCAUUCAUCCAGUUUCGGAACCUCCACGAUAUAACAGACAAUAUACAAGUCGCAAAAUGCACAAGUCUCAAUCUUCUAUUUCUACUCCCGGUUGUCGGCAGACUACAAUGAGGCGUGCUCGUUCACCAUCUCCUACACCUAACGACGCAUAUCACCGAUCCCGGUCCUUGUCACCUUCUCGAAAAGCACGGGCUAAAUCUCCAUCUCCUCGAAUCAUGAACUCAAAUACAAAAGAUACAAGAGCAGGCUCGCCAAUACCAAAUUCUAAUCCUCUGGCACGGUCCUCUACGGUCGCAAGAAGACCACCUGCGAACUCAAAGCAUUUGAGACAAACUUCAAUGCAGUUACAUACCGACUGGGACCACCACAAGGAGCAGGAGAAAAGCUCAAGCAAAGGCAGGGGUUUCCUCAAAUCGUUGCUCACAAGGCGCCGGUGGAGGAACGACGAGUCAUUGUACAGUUACUUGGAUGAGUAUUGAUUGUUGGAAUGUGGAAAACAAAGAAGUUUGCUGUUAAUUGAAUCUUCAACCGUCUGAUAUUUAUGAUCUCUUGCUUUGGCAAAAGGUUGUGAUCGUGUCCUUUCCUUUUUCUUUUGCGCUUAAUUCUUCAUGUAUUUAUACAACUCAAGCACGUGGUGAAUGCUGCUCAGGCG